AUGUCAUCCAUUGGCAACCUUAUUUUUCCGUAUACUGAAGAUGAACAAUCGACAGUAUCGUUGAACAAAGUAACGUUCACUGAUGCGUCUGAUGCUACUCGUUAUACUAUCCUGUUGGAUGAAGAUAGUAAACAAGUCAGUUCGAUAGAUAAAGUGAUCACUCAAACUCAACAGAAUAUACCUGAGUUAACUCAAUAUAUUCAAAAUCCAUCAUCAUCAAAUGACAGUAAAGAUUAUCCAUUAUUAAUCAGAAUCGAUCCCUUGUAUAAUAAGUUGAAGUAUAACGUAUCCAUACGACCUUCAGGCAAAGAUUCAAAAUCAUUAGUUAUUGUCAAAACCAAAGAUGAUAGUUUAGAUCAAAUCAAACAUAUUUUAUAUGAAAAUAAAGAAGAUAUCGAAUGUCAAGUAUCAAAGAUUGAUUAUGACAAUCUUCCCUUUGAUGAUGAUUCUGAUCUUCAAACUUCACAACGAUUGAUUAUCAAUGAUACCUUUGAUCGUGAAUUCAUAAAUGGAGAUAAAUUAAAUAUAUCAUUAUGGGAAUUGGAUUCGUCAAACAAUGAUUACAGUUUUCUCUUAAAGUUUAGUGUAUGGAUUGAUGAAUAUACUGAAGUUGAAGAUAAUCAACAUACUAUUAUUCAUGAGAAUAGAUCUCCAGUAUCUGGUGAUGAUAAAAGCGUCACAGCCAUUAACAGUGCAACUACCACUACAACCACCACCACGUCUCCAAUCGAUCACCAUGGUACUUCCAAGCAAUUCAAGAUUAGUGAUUUCAAAAAGGAGUUUAUAUUUAAUAUAGAAGAUGGUCCUGAUUUUAGAACUACAUUAACAAAAUACGAGCAUAAUUUUAGUUUGAUUAAGAAAAAUUUCCAUCAAUUCAAUGAAGAAAUAAAAUUACUUGAGAUAACUUUAAAGAAACUUCAUCAUUCAAAAGUUAAACUUAUAGAAUUAUUAAAAAACUUGAUAGAUUUACAAUUCAAUUCAUUACUUAAACAAUUUGAAUUUGGUAAAGAUUUUGAAUUAAAACUUCGUUCCAUAUUCGAUCCAUUUGAAAAAAAUUUAAAAUUCUUUUUAAAGGAUGUUUGUGAACCAAAAUUAAUCUUAAAAAUCUUUCAUAAUUUAAGUCUAAAUAAUUUAGGUGAACAAAAUUCGGCCUCAUCAUCAUCAAAUUCAGUUUCAACAAAUUCAACUUCGAGCUCGGGAGGCAGUGGUCCUCAUAAUGAAUUAUUACAUAGACGCAAACAAUUUGAAAGUAAUUCUAAAGAAUACUAUAGUUGGUUGAAUAAAUACCUUAGUAAUGAAAAAGAUAGACCCGUAUCAAAGUUAUUAAUCAAGAGGAAAAGUUUUGAAUUAUCAAAAUUCGAUUAUCUUAAUCAAUUGAAUCAAGUUACGAAUAAUCAAUAUCUUAAUCAAUUAAUGGAACAAUUGUUUAAGUUCAUUAAUGUUUCAUAUGAUCUUCAUCAUCCUCGAUUAUUGAAUUUUUCUCAAUUUGAAGAUAUUAAAAAGAGUCAAGAUUUAAUUGGAAUCAAUUAUAAGAUCUAUUUACAUGCUUUAUCCAGAUUUAAUAGUGAAAAGACUCAAAUUCGUCAAAUGAUUGAAGCUUGUAAAUCAAAUGAUGAACUCACCAACGUCAUAAGAUAUAAUAAAUUGAAUUAUAACUUUUCAACUCCACUCGCUUCAUCUAAUUCAGUAAGUUCCGAAGCUUCAAAUGUAUCAGAAACUCCAUCUUCACCAUCUAUAGUGGGUGGAUCAUCGAUUUCUUCUGAUGAUAUAUUAGUAAGUUUAGAUAAUAUUGAAUUAAUCUUUUCUGGAAAUUUCACUUCAACAAUGAUAGGCAAUACAUCUGUCCUGGAAUCACCUAGUAUCACUAAUGACGAAGAUAAAGGAGAAAUGAAUGGUAUUUUAUAUACAUUAGGCGGACAAGGUAAACAAGGAUGGCAUAAAGAAUGGGUUGUUUUAAAUAAAGGUUUAUUGAUUGAAUUUUCUGAUUGGAGAAAAGGAAGAUCGCCUAUAAAUCAACCCAUUGAAAUUGCAUUAUCAAGUAUUAAGCCAGUAACUUAUGAAAGACGUCAAAAUUGCUUUGAAAUCUUAACUUCAAAGGGUAAUAAACAUGUUUUCCAAGCUCUAAAUGAAGCUGAAAGAUCAAAAUGGAUUAAAGCUUUAUAUAAUGCAGGUCAAGUGGUUGACACUACCAGAUUGAAAGAAAGUUACAGUGAACUUGGUAACGUAAGUAACAAUGGUAGAACCAAAAAGAUCAUUUCCAAAUUGAAAACAGAAUUUCAUAUUCCACAAUCUUCAUCUUCACCCACCACUGUUGUUGUACCGGGCGAAACUCAUGAUCGUUCUAUAUCUCCUGUAUCAAUUACAUCCAUCGCCAGACAUAAGAAUGAAGAAGAGAAAGAUUAUCUUAAUUUAGUCAAAUCUAUUCCUGAUAGUGAUAAUCAUAUAUGUCUUGAUUGUGGAUCUACCGAUUCUGUGGAAUGGAUUUCGAUUAAUAAUCUUGCAUGUUUCUGUGUGAAAUGUGCUUCAUGUCAUAGAAAUAUUGGAUCACAUAUAACUAAGAUCAGAUCAUUGAAACUAGAUAAAUUUGAAAAUGAAAGUGAAAUGUUAUUAAAUUAUAUUAAUAAUAGAAAAGUGAAUGAAUAUUUAGAAGAAUCAUUACCUCAAAAGGAAAAAAUUGAUCCUAAUACUAAUUAUGAACAACGGUUAGAAUUUAUUAAGAAGAAAUACGUUGAGAAGAAGUAUAAAGCCAUCAUACCUGAUAUCAAUAAUGUUCUUAUUAAAGCCAUUCAAAAGAUUAAUAUUCCAGAAGUAUUAAGAUGUAUAAUCUGUGGAGGAGAUGUUGAUCUUAAGAUUCAAAUCAGUAUUCCUAAUAAAGAUGAAUAUCAAAUCAUCUCCAUAUUUGAAUAUUCAUUACGGAAAUUUGUUGAAAUAACAGAAGCAGAUUUAAUCUUAUCCAGUUCCAAGAAAUAUUUCUUAAUUUCAGAAAUCUUGAUUUUAAAUGGUAGUAAAAUAGAUGAGAUCAAAGAUUUAAGACAAGAUAUUGGCUUAACUGAUGAUGCAGCUGAAUAUUGGAAGAUUAGAAGUUUGAAACUUAGUGGUGGAUUUGUUUAA